UCUAAAUUACGAAGACUGUCAUGCUUCACCAAAGUAGAUGGAACCAAGGCAAACAUUUCGGCUCCAGCCCUGUUGUCUUCGCUGCAUCUUGAACCCAAAAUCUUCCAAUAAAUGAUUUCUGAAUAUCCCUGGAAUUUAGUUUAGAAGCAAAAUGCAACGCGCCUUUCAUUAAAAAACAUCAGCCAGUUUAAAACUGUGAUAUACGAUCCCGUCGAUGUAAGAAUUUCAGUCGCAAACAAGCGUCAGGCCUGAUAGGGUGGGUCCGGAUCCCCGGACCCUCCCCCAGGAUCCGCCACAGCUUUUUUUAAGAAACGGUCCAGAUAAGAACGAUAGCAACAACGGCAACGAACAUGUUGGAAUGCGACUACAUGUUGGAAUGCAAUUACUUCUGAUUGGCUUAAAAAGCAAAAGUUAACAAAACUUCAUAAAGCAGUACAUAUAUUCAUCCUUACUUUCCAACCAUCUUCCAUAUAACAAAAUCUGGUCUCAGUUUGAAUAACAAAGAAAUCCUAUGUGCGGAACAUGUAAAAUUGUAAACUUUUCGUGGCUAUUGUUUUCAACUCUUGUGAUUGGUCAAAAUCUUUUAACACAAAAAAACACCCUUUUAAAGUGGAGUGUAAAUGCAUUUUAUUGCGUAAACGGCCUUCACGUAGGUUUAUGCAUCCUCUGUGUAAAAAUGAGAACAUUCCUAUGUGGGGAAAGCACCGUUACCGCAUAACAAUACCCGGAUCAUUACUUAAAGCAUUUGAGAAAAUGAAUAACAAACUGAAAGUGCGGGGUCAAAUUUUACACCUUUAGGGCCUGUUUACAUGGAGUGGGGGACCCCAGUCUAGUGGGGUAGGUUUCUUUUGUUUUUCACGCUCUGGCGGACACAAAACAAAAGAAACCUACCCCACUAGACCGGGGUCCCCCACUCCAUGUAAACUUUAGAGUGUUACAACAGAAUGAAAUGGGCUUUGCAAUUCAGUCAGUUUGCUGUGCGAUAUGUGAUCAAUGUAUGUGAAAUGUCAGUGCAGGGGCGGAUCCAGAAUUUUUUUUAGGAGGGGGUGCACUCCUCUCUUGCUCUACUUCAACACAAAUAAACCACAUAGUUUUUUUUUUUUGCAGAAUACCAGUUGUAUUAGAAAACCGCAGGUCACCUCAGGGGGAGGGGGUGCGCACCCCCUCCACCCUCCCCCUAGAUCCGCCUCUGCAGUGGCUGCGGUCGAAUAGAGAGCUCACCAGAAUUUUUAAAAAGCAUGAAAAAUGUUCGUAAAACAAUUAAAGGGUGUAAUUGCUUGGCUAGUUUCUUAGUUUUGACGAUCCCACGGUCUGUUGUACGACACAAAAACGGGUCAAGUUUAAAUUUACUUUUUGAAAGGACACCAGCUGACCAAUUCAACCAAAAAUAACACAGCUAUAAAGUAGGCAUCAUAUAGUAUAACCGAUCGAAUCCAACGGAUUGCGAUUUUAGAAUAUUAUGUGCAUGAAUUUAUGAAAGCCUUUCAAACACACCAUGAUAAAUUUAAAUGAGCUAAUUAAAAUCUCUUUUUUAAGCCAAAUCGACCUGGAUGACCACUAGAUAUAGUCUCGAAACGUCACUCAUUUAUUUUAUAAAAAACAUGAAUCAUUCUUGAAUUUUUAGGUACUGUAUUUUUGCGAUUUACAACAACAACAACAACUUUAUUCUUUGUACAAAAGCAAAGGCACCGACAAAUUAAAAGACUCAGUCGAGUUUGAAAAUGCCAAAAACAACUCGUUCCGCCAGCUGUGCCAUGGAGAUUGACUGUCAAGGUCUAGUGAACAGCAUUUAAGUUUCAGAAGAGAAGAUGACAGCUUGUAUUUAUCUUCGCUGGAGUUGAUUAUCAUGUACAUAAAGGUAAAGCUUGCGUGAUCAUUGCAUUAAGACGUUACAGAUCUGAAGGACACCGCCAAAAAUAAAGGUAAGCUUUGUUACUCUGAUCAUGCAAUGAGCACCCAAGGCUACAAGAAAUGUUUUCCUCUUUGGAUCCUUGAUCUUGAAUGUGGUCAACUACACCUAGACCAUGAGUGUUUAACCCGAAAACGCGCUUAACCCUAAUCCGAAGCGAGUUGGCUCAACCAUAGUCAGCAAAAUGAGCGCUCAACCCUAAUCAAUGAAAGUCGACCAAUACUACGUAACUCUGCAAAUAUUCCAGCAGCAAAACGUCACAUACCCAUAGGGAACGAAGCAGGAAACAUUUUUCAUUCAUUUACAAUUUCAUGAAGCUAUUUCUUUUUUCCAUGGCUCGCUGACUCGCAGAUUGUCCGGACCAAGCGAUCAACAUUGCUUGAAUCUGCGACUUAGAUGUAUUUUGGUCCUUUACCUAUUCAUAUUUUUUUCGCCUGGGUAUAUGAAAAGGGAAAACGUCGACAUGGCCUUUCUCAAUAAUGAAUAAUUAUAAACGAUGACUCCUGUGAUGUUGGUUGUAAUCAGUUAGCCAUGAACAAGAUGAAAGUUUAGCUGUUAUCAUUGAAGCAUUGCCCCUACCUCCCCCCUUGUUAAUAACUAAACAGUACAACUUCUUACAAGAAAUUGUUCUCAACAUUCUCCCCUAAAAAAAUGACUUUUAUGCCACUGAGCCAACGAGCUUGUUUAUUAAGCUCACACGGAUCAUCGAUUCGGUGCCAUUAUUGGUUAUAAUUAAGGACCAACGGCACGCAAUCCUAUGCCCUUAGGGUUUAUCAAUUAUGUAUACCGCCUUGUCGCGGGAGGGAGGCGUGGUCAGAGGAUUUUGAAGAGGGGAGGAAAGGCAUUAAGGAAAGGCAGAGGCGCCGGCAAAUUAAAGGACUCAGUCGAAUUUGAAAAUGCCAAAAAUAACUCGUUCCGCCAGCUGUGCCAUGGAGAUUGACCGCUUGUAUUUAUCUCCGCUGGAGUUGAUUAUCAUGUACAUAAAGGUACCACUUGCUUGAUCAUUGCAUUACAUAUCAUUACAUAUCUUUGGACACUGCCAAAAAUAAAGGUAAGCUUUGUUACCCUGAUCAAUCAGCACCAAAGUUUAAAAAAAAUGUUUUACUCUUUGAUCUGCAUAAAUUAGACCAACUUGUCUGAAUGGACUGAAUGUAGCUUUACACGAGGACCGUAAGCGAUCAACAUUGCCCGAAUCUCUGAAUUGAGAUGUAUUGUGGUCCUUUCCCUAUCCAUAUUUUUUCGUCUCAGUGAGGUAAAGUAAUAAAAGAAAAGGGAAAAUGUCUACAUGGCGCUUCUCGAUAAUGAAUAAUUAUAAACGAUGACGCCCGGCCGGAUUGACGGGCUAAGCAUGUGAUGUUGGUUGUAAUCAGUUAGCCAUGAACAAGAUAAAAGUUUAGCUGUUAUCAUUAGUGCAUUGCCCCUAGCUCCCCCUUGUUAAUAAGUAAGCAAUGCAACUUCUUUCAAGAAAUUGUUCCCAACAUUAUCGCUUAAAAGAAUGACGUUCAUGCCACUGACCCAAUGAGCUAAUGUUUAUUAAGCUCACACGAAUCAUCGAUUCUGUGCUCUUAUUAUAAAUUUAUUAUUUAUUCAAAAUAUUUCCCCGAUUUUGAUUGGCUAAAUCACACGCAUAGUUCACCAAUAACCAGCUACUGAUGACUAAAUUUGGAAGAAUUUUGCGUUUAAUGAACCGAUGACGUCAAAAGUACAGGCUUCUUGCAGGUUAAUACACCGUUAACCGAGAAGACCUGGGGACGAGAUUGAGUUGUUUUGGUUCUGAAAACAAAAAUGGCGGACAUUUCACUCGUUUCAAUAGUAAGAACUAGGCGAAAUAAUCAUAUAGCUAAAAACAUGGCAAGAACAGCAAGAAGGCAACUCGAUGGAAGACAUCUGCUACUUGGAGAAUAUUUGCGGAGCUGAACAACCUUAAACGUGCACUAUCGAAGGUGAACUUAACAUCGAUGGAGGUAAGCAUGUUUUAGCUACGUUUUUAAACUAGGAAUUAUUUUGAAUUGAAUAAUAACACAAUUAUUGAAUUCGGCUUUCGUAUCAUAUGAAGAAUUAUGGAUAUCUCGGAGGGUGUCAUCCGCCUUGGCCGGAUAACACCUUCCUCGAUCUCCUUAAUUCUUCAUAAGAUACCCAGCCUCAUUCAGUAAUUGUUUAAUAAUUAACGACCAAGACCUGUGAUCUUAUGCCCUUAGGUUACAUUAAUUAUGUAUACGGCCUUGUCAAGGGAGAGGCGUGGUCAGAGAAUUAGGAGAUGAGGAGGGUGCCAGUUUUUUUUAAAUUACUGCCUAAAAGAUGAAUAACUAUUUGUAGCAUUAUUGAUUAACUAUUACACAAGUGGAGGCCCUCAUUUCUAGGUUCAAGUUAUUGAACCGACCUGAGCUCUUAUAUUAUAUACAGUCUCUCAACAUUAUUCAUUUAUUUCAUAAACUUCCCUUGUUUUGAAAUCUAACAUAAAUCAUUCUUGAAUUUUUAGGUGCGGUAUUAGUGCGAUUUUAGUAUAUUAAGUGCAUAAAAAUCUUUCAACACACCGUAAGUAAGCGAAAUCUAUUUUUCAAGGCAGAUUGACCAAGACGCCUUCAGCGACUUAUAUAGUCUCUGAACAUCACUCCAAAUUCCGCAUGGUAUUUGUUUAUUUUAUAGAGUUAAAGCUAUUGUAUCUAAGCGUAAAUUAAUUCUGGAGUUCGGGCGAUAUAACUUCAGGCGAGAUCUCCUUCUUCGACUUGACGGUGGUAGCUGAUUAGCUAGUCACUGCCAUUAAUACUGCCUACCUUGCAGUUCGCGACCCCUCGAUCCCUCCCUAUCUUCGUCAUCCAGGGUCGCUUAUCUCAGGAAAAAACUCGCAAAGCGAGUUGCUGUUCUGGCUCGCUUAAAAACUUCCCACCAGUUAAAUAUCGCAUCAUUCGAGCCUAAAUCACCACGAGACCAUCAAACAAAAAAUUUACAAUAACGGAGUAAAUAAAGUAAAUGAUGAUACCUGGAAAAUUAAUUGGUUAGUUAGUGAUGAACAGACAGAAAGAAAAGUACAUCUGUAUCUAAACAUAUUUACGAUAACCAACACUAUAAAGACAAAUGGAAUGGGUGGAAGAUUCGCCACAGCCCCAUGCCAAUUUUAGUUUGCCAAUCAAAAACCAAUUACGUAUACUCACACAUGCAACUAAAUUCAUCAAAAGUUCGUUGUUAACAGCUUCAUGUCUAGAGUCGUUUGUACCCAAGAGGUUUAGGAGCUGAUAAAUGACUUAGUCUACGCUAAGCCUUUUAGCCUUUUUUAAGCCUUGGUAGGGAUUCCCGUAAAAUGGCACCAAUUCCUCUCCUUUAAAGCGGGAAAAUAGUGUCACGAGGAUAUUGCUGUUUGAGGUCAAUUCUGUACUGAAACAUUACUUUAUUCGUGUUGUCCAAAAAAAAGCCUGUGUAGAGUUAUGAAAACGAUCUAAAACUAUUUCCAUCAGGGAACAAUAUCUAUAAUAAUAAUUUUUUGGUGAUUUUCUGCAGGCAUAGCCAACUUUUUCAAGUUUCAAUCCAUUUACAUCCUUGACAUCCGUGGAAAAAGACAAAAGGAAACAGUUUCAAGGCCUAAAUAUAGUUUUAAAUAACAAAAAUGGACCAUUAUUUUUAAGAAUUCAGUUGACACGAAAAAAGUCUUGGCCUUUACAAAGAUAGCAAGGCUACCAGUUGUAGGCUUCGUAAUAUCUGAUAGCAAAAGCUGGAAGUAUCUCGUUUCUUUAUUUACUCAUGAAUAUCUAGAAAUGAUGAUCUAGAAAUACUUUUGUGGAGUAUUUUUUAAGCUUGGCCACCACAACUUGCAUAAAUAUAACUGCAUGUACUACAGCCUGUGACCAUUUCUUCUGUCCCAUUAUUUCUCUGGAGCCAUGCCUAUAAAUCCAAUAUAAAAGUUCUUCAGAUCAAGCAAAAUAACAUUGCAAGCAUAUGUUUUUCUACCUUUUAUACAUAAGAAAAAUACAGGUAGCCCCUUGUUGCCAUUAAUAAAUCUAACUGUUGACCAUAUAAAUUAUGCCUGACCAUUAAAAGUUGUCCACAAAUGGCAAAGAGCUCCCAAUAUUCUUUGACAGUCAGCUUUCACAGUGCUAAAAAACAUUCACUGAAAACAAGAUUUGUUAUUUGUUGUUGUUUGGACCAAACUGGUAUAGCGAUGAUAUUUGCCACAGCAGUACCCUAUGGCAAGAAACCUCUGACUUUAUUUCUUUUUUCAGGCUCUGAAGAAAAGCGACUGUGUAAAACAUUUUCAAGGCUGCGCCGGACAAAAAAGGGGCAAAGAGAUAUCAGGUUUAAAAAUGAAAAAAGAAACUCAUUCCACCGGUUACCAUUUGCUUAGAAGUGAUCCAGUCUUGGCUGAUGAGUUAGAAGAACCACCGGAAUCAACCCAAGAAGAAGAAUCAGCCGAAGACAAAGCAGCUGCCACCGACAAGUCUCCCCUCUGGAAAGCAGUAGUCAACUUGAUGAGUAGCAUUGAGGGAACAGGCCUGCUCGCAUUACCAUAUGUCAUAGCUCAGAGUGGACUAGUGGCCAUAGCAGCAAUGGCAGUUGUGCCAUUUAUCGCUUUCUACACUGGAACAAUCUUGAUUGACUGCCUUUACGAAAAAAACGAUGCUGGAGAAAGAGUGCGUGUCAGAUCCAACUAUAAACAACUGGGUGAAGCUUUCUCGCCUCGUUUUGGCGGUACCAUAGUUUCCACUAUCCAGUUAGUGGAACUUUUUCUCCUGGCAUCUUUGUACCUUGUAUUAUUUGCCUCGCUUUCGAGAGGUAUCUUUCCAGAUUUGCCGCUGUCCGACAAAGUAUGGAUGCUUAUCGCAGCUGCGGUGAGUCUUCCAACUUUAUUUGUGAAGAAUCUAUCGCAGGUUGCAUGGAUGAGUUUAUUGAGUGUGAUAGCUUUAAUGGUAGCAGUAGUUGCUGUUUUAGCUUACGGAAUAGCUCAUGAAUACUCAUGGGCCCCAAGGGAAAUCUUGGUGUGGAAUAUAGAUAAAGUGCCCGUUUCGAUUGCAAUUAUUAUCUUCAGUUAUAUAUGCCACCCUGUCUUGCCAGGUGUUGAGGCAAGCAUGGAAAACAAAUCCAAAUAUCGCACAAUGCUUGCCCUUUCAUACUUUUUCGUUGCUAUCGUAAAAGUGUUUUUUUCAGUGUGUGCAUUUUUAUCUUUCAGUUCUAAUAUCCAAGAUGUUAUCGUAAACAGCCUUCCUGUGGGAGUUAUCCGUAGCCUUGUAAACGCAUUUUUACUUUUAAACGUAAUUUUUUCAUAUCCUUUCUGUGUAAUAACGAUAAUCCAAACAAUCGAAGAAUCAGUCUCCCCCGAUUCGUUCUCUUGCAAGAUACCCGAUCUUGUUUGGUUUAUUGGCAUCCGAGUCUCAACCAAUUUCCUUACCUUACUUCCAGCAAUUUUAAUCCCACAUUUUGCGCUCUUUAUGGCGUUUAUUUCAAGUUUAUCGGGAUCUGCAAUUGCGUUUAUUUUACCAGUAAUUUUCCACCUCGUCAUAAAACAACAUGAGCUAAAACUAUACCAUUAUAUUUUUGAUAUAUCAGUUUUAAUUUUCGGUUUCCUUGCUGCUGCACUUGGCUUGGUUUACAGUGGGAAAUCUCUUUUUGAGGAUUUGUUCCAUCAUCAUUCAAACAAGUAG